AUGAAUAGUUAUUUAAUAAGUAAGUACUCUCAAUCAUCUCAUUAUCAUUAUAAAAAAGGAAUAAAUGACAUUUUAGAAGGAAAAAGAUGUUAAUUACUAAUCAAACUUAAAGAUCUAUAAUGUUAUGACACACCUCAAGAACAUUUAACCAAAUAUUAUCACAUUAAUCAGUUAAGAGAUAAAUUACAUAUGUUAGGAGAAUAUUAUAAAGUAUGAAAUUCAAUAAAUCAAUCAGUAUCAUAAUGACAUACCACGUUUAUUUAUGAUUCCUGCCAUUAUUCCCUUAAAUUAUUUUCAUGAUCGUAAAAGAAGACUUGCAUUUUUUAGAAUUGCUCGUUUGAUUGCUUAAGAAAAUCAUAACAACCCAGAUAAACCAUAAAAAGGAAUUGUAGGUGAUUCACCCAUACCUUUGACUAGUGAACAAAUUACUCCAUAAGAUCCUAGCUCUUCUGAUGAAGUAUAUACAACUAAAUUACAUUAGAUCCUCUCGAAAAAUGAUAAAAUCUUGUAAGGAAUCAGUUUCUUAAUUUAAGAACCUGAUUCUAUUGAAAAAAUCAAACAAUAAAUUCAAUCUAUGCUUAAAUUAAAAAAAUAACCAAAUACAUCUUCUACUAAAAUCAAUAGCAUUGGAAGUAACACAACUACUAGUAAAUCAAAUAAGUAAUCUAUUCUAAAAUAAACUAAAUAAACACAACAAUAACCACAAAAAAGCAAGUCUCCACCACUCAAAAUUUAAUCACCUUCCAUUUAAUUAAUUGAUAUGGCUUCACCUAGAGGUUAAAAACAAUCCAAAUAGAUAUCUCCAAAAAAUAUACAAUAAUUUACUAAAAGCAAACCUAAAUCACCUUCUGUCAAUAUGGCUUCCCCAGUUUAACAAUUUAUGAAAUUAUCUGCAAAGAUGAAAUAAUCAUUUAAUAAACAAUAAUGUAGUAGUGCUAGAAAUAAUACAAAUAUUCCAAAUAGUGCUAAUUAAAGAAAAAGUAGUGUUACUCAUAUUCUGAACAUACUUAAGUCACCAAACAAAAAUAGUUCUUAAUAGAUAUAACAUAUUUCAUCUACUCCUAGAGAUUAAGAAUCAAAAAGAAGUUUUAAUAAUAAAAAGGUUCAUCAAUUAGAAUUGCAAGUGAUGUCUGAUCUAUAGAGCUUAUUACAAAAAAAGACCUGUUUAACUCAUAGAAGUUCAAUGACUAAUAAAAAUUGCAUUAAGAAAAAAUUGAAUACUAGAGAACUUAAUUAGUUUAAAUGUGUAAGGUUACCCCUAUCCAAUAGAGACUUUAAUAAUCAACAAAAAGAAUGA